CCGUACAAAAGGCACAAUGUCAGGCCCGCCGAACUGAUCAAUGUAAACAAACAGACAUGCUCGGGAGUCGAGACACACUGUUUAUACCUGUUUGUGUAACUUAAUUCGCAAAGAAGAAACUCGAGACAAAUGUGAAGUAAACUACAGUGCCACGCUCAGCCCCAGCACACGAAAUGAAUAUGAUGGCUUUACCUUUGAGUGUGGUUGGCAGAGUGUUCUGCACUUCUGGGUUUGCUAGGUGCCUCACAACCUCUGCUCUUCUCUCAGGUCGGGGGAUCCGGGGUACAGUGAAGGUAUUGGGGUUGCGGGAGGAGGAAAUUGAGGAAAUGAAUCCAGAUGAGCUUGAGGCCAUGACUGAUGCCUCCUUUAAUACCUUUAAUCAAGAGGCAGCCCACAUUGAAGUUGAUGCAAAGAAAUAUCAGCAUUAUUUGCGAAGAAGAACUAUCCAGCAUAAAUAUUUCAAGGCUUAUGGCCCAGUGGAGGAAAAUCUGCUGACAUGUUCAAUGAAGGAGCAGCUAAAGUACUUGCAUUCUAGUGAUCCAGAUCAAUGGACUCCUGAGGUCCUCUCAAAGUCCUUCCCCAUUUCUCCUGAAGGUGUUGUGAGGCUGACUAAGUCCUAUUGGAUCCCCAAGUCAGAAGUAGAAAGACAAAGACAUGACAAAGCUGUGGUGGCUCGCUGGAAGAAACAUAUGAGGGGUCAAAUUGGUAGUUUCCGAAUUUUAGAGAAAGCUCUAAGGAAUAAAUUUGCACCCGAGAAGCUGCCAUCUCCAGUUGUUGGUAUGGAGAAUGUAGUCAGUAUACUUGAAGGUCUGCAUUUUGAUGGAGAGGAACCCUAUGUUCCAAAAUACGUAAAGAAAAAGAAUAAACCUCCAAGGCAAUCCAAGAUGCCAGGCAAGUCAUUUUAUAGUAUAAUUGAAGACUAUGAAUUGAAAACUUCACCUGGGAAAGAACAAAAUGAGAAGAAAGAUUCCACCAAUAAUUUGGCUAGAAUAUCUGGCCCACCCCAAUAUGAAGGUUCAUACACAAGGAUCAGAGGUAAGGAUACAACAAGGAGGAGGAGGGCCUCACAUUCAAAAAAAGCCAAACUGAUGACUUUCACUGAAUUCAUGCAGAAAAAGAAAUAAUAUGUAUGUAUCUGUAGGCUAUAUGCAAAUAAAGACUUUAUGAUAA